UUAAAUUUAACAAAAUGUGCAAAAGUGUUAAAAGCAUUUUUUCUCCAUUUCAUUUUAGUCUGUGGAUAACACAAAAUUUCAGCGAGAAAUAAACUACGAGGCAUAGAAUUGCCAAAUAAAAUAAUUAAGUUGUAAAAUGUGUGAAAAAUCUGAAGAAAAAUUAAAAAGAAAGGGCAUAGAAAUUGUGGAAAAAUCGUAAUUGAAAACGUGAAGUGUGAAAUAACAAAAGAAACCAAAAAUCGAAAUGCAUAAAAAUAAUUAAAUUUACUAAUACACUAAUUUCAAGCUCCGUAGGAAAAAAAAGAGUCUUCCAAAUGUCGCAUGCAAUGCCAACAAAGCCGAAAUUAUCAAAUAUGAGCUCCUUGCGCUGCCUGAGUAAACAAAACACCUCUGGCAGAACAAAAAAUAAAACACAACAUAGGCCGCUUUUACUUUCCUGUCUUAUGUUCUUCAGCACAUCCUUAAUAUUCCUCACCUUCACACCCGCCCAUGCAGCAACGACACACAAAACGCUCACACAGCAACAACUGCGUAGCCUUUCGCCCGCGCAGCUGCUGAGAGAAUAUGCCGAGACGCCGCUGCCGGCGAAUUCGAGUCACGCGGCAUUCGUUGAGUCCAGCAUCGAUUCGUGGACGGCGCGUACACGAGUUGCGUCGAAGCGGCUGCAGCGACUCGAGCAAGAGCAACAACGGCAACAACAGGCACAACAUCAUCGCCAGCAACAGCGCGCACAAAAACGCAAAAAGCAACAACAAGAAGUGUUGCAGCCACAGCCGCAGAAAUCACAAAAGCAUGAAAAAUCGCGUAAACAACGCGAACGCGAACGCCAACAACAAAAACAACAGCAUGUGCAUCAAACGCAAACACAUCAGGCAUCACGUCGUAAAACCAAAAGUGGUCUGAACAUCGAGAGCAACAUAAAUAGUAAUGCAUUUGUUGCGGACAAUAUUGCGCUGGAAGAUCCCACAAAUGCGGCAGCGGCAAAGGCAACUGCAACGGCAUCAGCAUCGGCAUUUGCUGUCAACACAAGCAAACGUGCCACGUCGACGCAGAGGAAGAAAAAUGGCCGUAACGGCAACAGCAACGGCAACGGUGUGAGUGGUGUUGGUGGCAACUACAAUGGCGGUAGUCAUAAUGGCCAUGGCAUCAGAGACGUUGGAGGCGGCGGCCAACGUCAGAAAUUGCACAGAAACGUUCUGCGCAUGCUCAACAGCCAAUCGGAGUCCAUGACCGGCGGCGGUCUCUUUCCGCCACUCUUCAACGUCGCACCACGCGCCCAUAUAACCGUCAAUGCCACCUGUGGUCAGAGUGGGCGUGAGGAAUAUUGCAAAUUAGUCGAUGCAUAUCCGCAUAAGAAAUGGGCCACACAGUGCGGCAUUUGCAAUGCACAAUCGUCCGAUGUGGCCAAACAGCGGCCCAUCGAAGCGGUCAUCUCCAAUUCGAAUUUCGAUGAGCGUUGGUGGCAAUCGCCGACAUUGCAAUAUGGCAGGCACUUUGAAUAUGUCACCAUAACAUUGGAUUUGCGGCAGCCAGGCAGCUCAUAA